GCGCCGCUUACGUCAGCCCGACUGGUGGAGCUGCACGUGGGCUACCGCGCUCCUCUGCCUGGGUUCCCCGGAUACCACUUGCACGCCGCAUACCACCCCAGAAGCCUUGUGAAUUUUAGUUCCUGUCAGUUCUCUUCCCUGCAUUCUAAUCUACACAAAAGUAUAUAUUUGAAGUUUCUGCAACAUGAUGGUUUGGGAAUUGCCACUGUUGAACUGAUUGAGAUAACCAUUGGUGUCCAGUGUACAUAGGAAGUGCAGCAUUAAGACUAUCUUGUUUUUAGAUGAUCAGAAAACAAGCUCCAGAUAAUGGGGAAGAACAAAGGGAAAGGGCAGAAGAUCAAGGAUGUAUUUCAUAUUGCUAAGAAGAAUUUGAAGGCUAAAAAUAAAGCAAAACCAGUUACCACAAAUCUCAAGAAGAUAAACAUUGUGAAUGAAGAAAAAGUUAGAACUGCAAAUAAGGCAUUCAUAGAUAUCCAAAAAGAGCUUGCACACUUCUCGAAAAGGCUGUCACUUGAACCACUACCUGAUCACUUGUGCUCUUCAGGUGAAACAAUUACGGUGGAUGAUGCUACAAGAUUAAUGGCUCAGUUGUAAUAUAUAUAUUGGAAAUAUCUGGAUUCUAAGAAAUGGACCAACAAAACUGGUGCUUUUGUAUAGUUUUAUUUUUUAAAAAAUGUUAAUGUACAGGCAUUGGCACAUUUUAAUGCAAACUACAAAGGCUUUCCUAAAAUCUAGGAAAGUGGAAUGUCAAGAAGUCAACACAAAACAUGAAAAACUUAAAGUGCUAAAACAGAAAGGCACUUCACAAAAUUUGUUCACCUAAACAAUUCAUGUGUCAUUUUAUAUCCUUCACUUCGCAAAUGGCAGUGAAAACUCAUUGGACCAGAAGGACAUAAAUAAAAAUAUGGACAGCUGGUGGCAGUAAUGUUAUAAAAUGAUACUUUAAAUG